AUGGUAUUGAAACUACAUGUUGAGCUGGAAACAGCCCUCUUGGGGAUGUAUGCAAAAUCUGGCCAUAUACAACAGGCUUUCCGCAUAUUCAAUUCGAUGGAUGAUAAAAAUCUACAGACCUGGACCAUCAUGAUUUCUGGUCUUGCUGAUCAUGGACAAGGAGAGGAAGUUGUGUCCUUGUUUGCCAGAAUGGAAGAAUCUGGCUUUAGGCCGGAUAGUUUAUCAUUUUCUGCAAUCUUAUAUGCUUGUAGUCAUAUUGGCUUUGUUGAUGCGGGCCGUGAAUAUUUUGAAAAAAUGGCAAGUACUUAUAAUAUCAAGCCAACUAUGGAACAUUAUAGAUGCAUGGCGGAUAUGUUUGGACAUGCUGGAGAAUUAGAAGAAGCUUAUGAUAUUAUAAGGAGCAUGCCUACAGAGCCUAAUUCUGUGAUAUUGAGGAGUUUCAUUAGUGCUUGUAAGCAUCAUGGUCAUAUUCCUUGCGCAGAAGAAAAUAUAAGGGAGAUUCUCCUCAAAAUAGAGUCUGAUCUCAGAUCAAACUAUGUACUUGCAUCUAGUUUGUCUUAUCUUUUUGGUUAUUGCAGCGAUGCGAACAACCUAAGAUCGGCUAUGAAAGCAAAAGGGAUAAAGAAAUAUCUUGGCAGCAGUUGA